UCACAUGCUUACACCGAAAUCGUUCCUCUUGAAUGAGAAUGGAGACAGCAGGACCCUCUUUAGUGGACCAGAUGACCAGGCUGAAACUAAAACUGCUGGAAAAGAAACUGGAGAAUGAACGGGAAAUCUUGGAUGGCCACUCAGACACAGCAGAAUCCACUGCACGGAGUUUUGAUGGACAGGGAGAUGCACUGCACAACGCGCUAAAGCGGAAAAAAGGCUUGCUCCAAAAACUAAGGGAGCAGCACAUGCUGGAUGAGUCCUCGAGGCCCCACACCUGGGGAGGGACCCGGAGACGAUACCCUCGCCUGGAACCCAUUCAGCAGGCUCCACCGAUUCACGUCUACCACCAGCCCCUGUCGGAGCAGCCUCGGAUCAUCCAACACCCGUACCCCCAGCAGCCGCCAACGAUCAUACAGCAGCUACCGCCGCAACAGCCGCUCAUCACGCAGAUCCCGCCCCCGCAGGCCCUGCCUCCAAUCAGGUCCGGCAGCAUCAAGGAGGAUAUGGUUGAACUGAUGUUAAUGCAAAAUGCCCAAAUGCAUCAGAUCAUUAUGCAUAAUAUGAUGCUGAAGGCAUUGCCUCCGAUGGCAUAUUCCCAACCUGGAGCUUCUUCUGCCAAUCCUGCGGUCUCCCAUGGACAGGAUAUUCACUCAGCUGUGCCACUUGUAAUGAAAGCAGAGAAGUCUCGUCCAUCUUCAGUGCACCAUCAUCAUCACUACUCUUCCCAAGGGCAACCCACAGCACAUCCACCUUCUCUCCCGCCAAUAGGACACCCACUGUGGGCAUCAAUGCUACCUUCCCACCCCGUGGCACAUCACAACAACCUGCAACCUUCAGUCCAACACAUGAUGGGUCCCACAGUGACACUUCCUGCCUUACAAACGGAGUUAGCGGAUGGGAAUUCCUCCCGGAUGCCUCCUGGGUUAUAAGUGCAGAAUGAUACCAACCUGAAGAUUUGAUGAAAGCAAAAUAGAGAACUCGAUUGCAGCAUUAGAGACUCCUGAAAAUUAAUUCUCACCACCCUACACUCCCUUUUUAGAUCACACACUCACAACUUGGUGCUCAUUUCUAUUUGCCACUUUGAUCAAUAUCAGAAUAAAACCUAUCUGGUGUCUGGUUCAUUGAUAAUGAUGGAUCUACUGCAGGGAUUCUGAAGUUCUCCUUACUUUGAGUCUGCAGCUAAAGCAGAAACGUUGAGAAGUGUUUGACUUCCAGGGUCGAGUAUGGAGUGAGUCGGUGCAUGUGGGUGUGGCUCCCGAUUUUUAUUGAAAAUCUACCUGUUUAUCUUUGCCGUAUGCUCGAGAUAACUGAAUAUUGACCAUUGUGAACAACGCGGGACAUAGCUGGACAUUGAAAUGGCAAGUAGAAUGUACCUUCGAAGUAAAACUGGGGAAAAAGAUAGCGAAGCCUCGAGCAAGAAGGCGGAUGUUACAGUAAUGGCGCCGUUGCACGCUGCUGGAGCUGGACCCGGACCUGCCCUACCCGAUGACUUGCAGAGGCUUCGUUUAGUACUUAUUACUGACAUCACGCAAGCGGUGCAUUCUGCCCUAAAAACAGAACUUGAAGAUGCUUUAUCACCAGUGAAUGCUGCCAUGGAACAAAUUAUGUCU